AUGUGGUUUUGUUCGGUUUUCGUUUUGCUGAGUGCUUGUCUGCAGGUACACGCAAGCACCUAUUUCUGCAAUUCAACACAGUCUUGCCCUGAAAGUCAACCGUGUUGUUCUCAAUAUGGUGUAUGUGGUGCGGGGUCUUACUGUUUAGGAGGCUGUAACCCGGUUUUCUCUUACAAUUUGAGUGCAUGCAUGCCGAUGCCGAUCUGCAAGGAUACGAUUACGAUCUUUGACAAUUACUCUUCGAAUAUUGCUAAUCAGUACACAUACCUGGGCGAUGCAGAAGGUAACGACUGGAUUUACGAAGGUUACGUUCAGGAUUACUCUGAUGAAAAUGCUUUGAUCUUGGCAAUGCCCAAAGACUCAGGAGGCACUGUCCUCUCAUCGACAAGGUACGUAUGGUACGGGAAAAUCGGUACCAGAAUGAAGACCUCUCAUGACGUCGGUGUUGUUACCGCAUUUAUCAUGUUCUCCUCAGUUCAAGAUGAAAUCGAUUAUGAAUUUGUAGGUGCCGAUCUGAAAACCGUACAAACGAACUAUUACUUUGAGGGUAUCUUAAACUACAACCACUCCGCGAACAUCUCUUCGACAGAUACGUACGCCAAUUACCAUUUGUUCGAAGUCGAUUGGCAUGAAGAUUACGUUCAAUGGCUCGUUGACGGCGAAGUUGGACGGACACUAUACAAAAAUGAGACUUACAAUGCCACUUCAAAGCAAUAUGCCUUCCCCCAAACGCCUUCGAGAGUUCAAAUUUCGUUGUGGCCAGCUGGUAAUGCUACGAAUGCUCCAGGUACCAUCGCUUGGUCUGGUGGUGAAAUCAAUUGGAACUCUGCAGAUAUUCAGGACAAUGGUUAUUACUAUGCCAUUUUGGAAAGUGCUAACAUCACUUGCUACGAUCCUCCUGCCGGCACCAAGGGUAAUGGAACCAAAGCAUACCGCUAUUACGAUGAAAAGGAUUUCACGCAAGGUGGUGUCAUGAUUACCGACGAUGACACGGUUAUGGGGUCUUUAGCCGACAGUGGAUUUGACCCAGACGAGGGGAAAUCAAGCUCAAGCUCCUCCUCUAGCAGUGCUGGCUCAUCGACGACGACUUCGGCGACAUCUUCUACACAAUCUACGGCGAAAUCCACUGGCACUGGCGCUUUGAAAUCUGCUUCCACAUCCGAAGGAGCCGCAGGCUCUGGGCCAAUUUCUUCGUCAAAAGGGAGUGCGUCGUCCGCUGCUACGGGUUUUGUUCAAAACAUCAAUUCAUCGUUAGCUGGGACCUCGUCUACGCAUGGAUCAAAGACCGCUUCCAGCUCUGGAAUUGGUGCCGCAGGCCCACGCUUCGAGGGCAGUUUGUCGGCAAUUCUUUUGGCAUUAUUGAGCACAGUUUUCCCACUCUUGUAUUAA